CAACCUUCCCACAUUUAUCCAAAUGAAACACUAAUUUACCAUGGCUAUCUCGGUUGUUCUCCACUGUAUCUGACGGUCGCUAUCUCAUUGCGUACACUCGCUGCAUACCACCAAUCGCAUCGGACGUGCCCUCGGUUUAGCAUUCAAGCACAAUGCAAAACAUUGUGCCAUCUACACAAUAUUCCUUAUCGUGCUUAUCUCAACACUCAAUUCUCUGCUGUGUAUGAUGUGUAUCUCGAGAUACUACAUCGUGUGAAGACUCGCCUCAAUGAUGCUCUUGGCCGAAACACUCCCAACUGGCGGCUUCUAAAUUCCUGCCCGUGUUGUGUUUAUAAACUUGAAGGCGAGCCUCCCCUUCCUUUUGAAUGGCUGGUGACUGUAGAUGGAAAUAACAGCCUCAAAUGUUGGGCGUCAUCGACGUAUGGCCUGCAACCACGAGAAGAUUCAUGGCAGCCUCGUUCAGAUUAUUGGGUUGACUGGAUGGCCAUCAAUAAAUUUCAGAACGAAGUCCGAGCGCACACAUCUGUGACUUCAAGUCAUCCCAGACAAGAUGACUGGGAAGAUGUUGGGUCUGAAAUGCAAGGAUCGGAAUUCAGAUGCGCUGAGAGAUGGAGAAAUGCUGGCCCUGAGCAACGUAAAAAAAUGUUUGCUGUUUUUGAUGAGUCAGGGAUUUUUAUUGCAGCGACAAUCGAUAUGAACAGGAAGCAUCUCAGUGUCAAUAUCGUACCACUUUAG